CCUAUCCCUCCGACUGCGUGUCCUCAUCGCUCAGCAACAACCCCGUCGACGACCGACAAGAAACACACCAGACAGUCACAAUGGCCGUCACCGAGCUCUGCCCCGUUUACGCCCCGUUCUUCGGCGCUAUGGGCUGCACAUCCGCCAUCGUUUUCACCUGCUUUGGCGCUGCCUAUGGCACUGCCAAAGCUGGUGUGGGUGUCUCGGCCAUGGGUGUCCUGCGUCCCGAUCUUAUUGUCAAGAACAUCAUUCCCGUUGUCAUGGCUGGUAUCAUCGGUAUCUACGGCUUGGUCGUCUCCGUGUUGAUCUCGAACGAUCUUUCGCAGACGUCGUCACUGUUCACCAACUUCAUCCAAUUAGGUGCUGGGCUCUCCGUCGGUCUUGCGGGUAUGGCUGCAGGCUUUGCCAUUGGAAUCGUUGGUGAUGCUGGUGUCCGUGGUACUGCGCAACAACCCAGGCUGUUCGUCGGAAUGAUUCUCAUUCUCAUCUUCGCUGAAGUCUUGGGUCUGUACGGUCUCAUCGUUGCCCUUCUCAUGAACUCGAAGGGCAGUUCCUCCACGUGCUAGAUGUGUCACUCGAACGACAAUCACAGCAAUGCCAAGCUUCCUGUGAUCGGAACAUAUGGCUUCGAUAUCCAUAUAUUUCACGCGUUCUGUCUUCGCAAAUCUUUUGGAUCAGUCUUUGCAUGGCGCUGUGGGCGACAUGUUGUAAGUCUAAAUUUGGUGUCUUGAGGCAUGACCCCGGACCGGGCACGCACGGCAUGGGCAGAGGGUUGGUAUGAGUUGUGCGCGCGGACCAAGGUUGAGAGGAACCCAAGAAAGUAGAUAAUGGACACACGUACUCGGUGGGCGAAACUGCAGAUCCAUUUCAGGCCAUUGUACUUUAGGGUAAAGCUUCUCAUCUUCUGCUAACAACGGAUAUGCAUUUUCAUACUCUAUAAGCGCAAAGUACUGUCUCCAGUUCGAGAAGUCUCUGCGUUAAUUUCAGCUGCAUUGUCUAUAGAGGUCAUUUGAGCAUGACGAUGA